AUGCCAGGGCUGACGUCAUCAGAAUCCGAUGAGCUGGCAAUUGUUCCAUUCUCAGGGGACUCAGAAAAGCAACCAGUAGUGAUCUACCCUGUCCGUCACGGCCUGAAAUCCCCAAUUAAUCGACUCUCAAUUUCAUGGGGGUGUGGCAAUACUCUCCGUGUCUCGGCUUUCCCCAAACCGCACGGUGAGGCUGGCGGUGGUGGUAGAGUGGUGGAGGUGAAGCUGAGUAAUAGCGGAGAUGAUGAGGAAGUUGAUGCUGCUACAUGGAGGAGAAUUGCUUACAGUUCGGUUACUCCUUUCGCGCUUCUUCAGAGCAGGAAACAUUCUGGAAUGUCCUUGGAUAACCCUCCUUACAAGGCUGACUGGUGGGAGCAUGUCAUAGAGUACAGCAAAGAGAUAAGUUCACUGCUCAGUGAUCGAAAACCACCUCCUAAACCAAUUAUCGAAGAUCCCAAGUCGGUAGUAAAUGAAAUUGCAGAGCCAACGUGUCUGAAAGCGGCGUGGGAGCUAUUGGAGAUAUUUUACGUAGACAAGCAAUCUCAAUCUUGGAUUCCUGAACGGUUGCUAGAUUGGUUGGCUGACUACAGUUCUUUAUUCUCGGGAACUUUACCAACUAUUCAUUCAAGGCUUGUGGAUUUUCAGCAGGAACUUGGUGGUGUACAGGUUGUUGAAGAAGAUCCUAACUACUGGGACGCGAUGUCAUCAGCGUUGGCCGUUGGCUGGCUGGAAAUUGUGGUAAAAUUGUUGCGCUUGCAUGGCUCUUACCGGUUUGAUCAAUUAGUUAGCCGAGAGACAGAGAAUGGAUUGGUUGAAGCAGUUGCUGUUCUUAUAUCCAAGAUGCCUAGAAUGCGUCCUAGUCUGAGAGAAGAAAAUUUGGGCGAGUGUUGCAAAACCAAGCCUGACUUCUUGAAGGCAUGGGAGAAGUGGAGGGCACAAAUAAGUAAACUGGACUGCAGUUCCUAUUGGCUUCAAUGUGAUCACCAGCAGACUAAAGAAGGGCUAAAAAAUUUGAUCCAGAUCAUGUUGGGAAAUCCUAGUGUUCUAUCAAAUGCAACUUUCAACUGGAUGGAGCUUUUUAUAUCCCAUUUCUUAUACGUUAGGCCAUUUACUGCGGGUCUAGAGAGCAUGCACAAUUUAGCUCAGAAGUGCAUGCAAUCAAAGCCAGUUUCCAGCCCCCAUAAGCUGUUUGGUCUUAUACUUGGAAUUCUUGGAGAAAAUACUGAGGUUGUUCUAGCAGAGUGCUCAAGAUCAUUUGGCCCCUGGAUGAUGGCGCAUGCUGUAGAGUUGUUGACAGCUGGGAACACUCAUGCAGAAAUUCUUUUGCAUGAAGAGCAUUCCAAACUGGGGGGAGUUAGCAUAGAAGAGCUGCAUAGACUUGUAUAUGCACAAGUUCUGUCUUCUCAUGCAUUGACAUGGCAAAUUGCACCAAUAUACUUGACUUCAUGCAUAAAACAAGGGAUUGGAUUACUGGAGAAUUUGCUGUACAAGCAGCCUGUACAGCAUAGUCAAAUUCUGUUAAAGAGUAUAGAGAUCUGCCGUCUGUAUGAACUUGACACCAUAAGUUCAAACAUUAUGAGGAUUGCUGGGGUGCAUCACUGGAAACAUGGGAGAAAAGGCUCUGGUGUCUUUUGGCUGCAGCAAGCUCGAGAUGAAUUUCGUUUAAGCAGAAUUGCCAAGCAAUUAUUUGAUUUCGUGGGGAAGUCGGUUUCUGAUGAAGGAUUCAAGCAAUGGGAAGGUCUCAUAGAGUUGCUGGGUUCCGAGUCUAGAACUGCUGGCGGUCUUGAGUUUCUGAACAAAUACAGGAAUUUUAGGAGAUCCCUGCUGCAGGUUCAUGGUGAUACACCCACAGAUGCUGCUCGUAACGCAUCUGAAGCUCUUGUCUCUCUCAUGAAAAAUCCUUCCACGCCGCAACGCUUUUGGUUACCUCUUCUAUAUGAUUCAUUGAAAUUGUUAAACUGGCAAGAGCGACUGUUGCUUAAUGUUUCUCAAACUCAGCUUCUCUUGAAUAAACUGCAAGAGUUGUCCAUGGCAAGAUUGAGGCCAGACUUUGUUGAAGCUGACUUGGCAUCUGACGCCUUAAGCUCUGUCAGGCUGGCACUUGCCACUACCCUGGGUCGUGCAAUCCUUGAAGAGUGACUUUGUUACCCCUGUUUUCUUGCUUAAGAGCAGAAAAGCUACAUAUGUGAAGCAGGCACUGCAUAGUGAGUGGUCUGGCCCCCUGAGCCACUUCUGUCACCUACAUGCUGCAGAGCUAGACAGACAGCUAAUCUGUCGGAAGCAUUUGGAUGAGAGCUUCAGGCUAUGGAAGACUUACCCUAGCUUGACCAGAGUGAAGAUGAUUAUAAGAAUUAAGGUUUCUUGUUUAGCUGCUCCUACUUAGAGAACCUUUUAUUUAUUUUCUUUUUAGAGGGGAAAGGGGAGGGGGUACCCUACUAAUGUAUAUGCCUUUGUAAAAGACCACCAAAACCCCUGCCUGUUGCCUGGUUAAAGUGUUGAGAUGGCUGUGAUAGAACUCUUAUGUAAAACUUUGUUGUGUUAUUGUUCCUGGUUGGGCUAGUAUUUAUAAGAUCAAGUAAUCUGCAACAUAUUCAAUGAAGGUUGCAAUAGUUUGCCUUCCAUGUUGGGACUGCAAUUGAUUUUCAACCCAUCUCUGCCACUAGAAUGGGACCAUAUAUCUUCUGAUUUAGUGGGUUGGCUAAUUGUAAUAUCAUGUUCUAGAUUUGUUUUGGCCAUUUAUAUCAUAUGCUUUGUCAA